CCCCUCAUUACAUUCGCGGGAAAAAUCGAUCGAUACUUUGCGUUUGACGUGCAGCCGUGUUGUGUUGUGGAUGUUGUUGUACCAGUGAGAGUGAUAAUUUGUUUAAAAUACAUUUAAAAUAUUUAAUAAAGUUUGAGCAUAUCGCUAUGGAUCUAAAUUGGUGCAUAUGUCUUGCGCUUUGUAUCUCCGUAUCAGCAGGAUUUGUUUGGAAGCAUCAUAAUAAUGAAGAGCUACCCGUAAUUUUAGAAGAAAUUCAUGAAAAGUGUCCGAAUAUAACAAGAGUUUAUGCUUUGACGGAACCAUCUGUUUUAAAUGUUCCCCUUUAUGUGAUCGAGUUUUCUGAUAAUCCUGGAUUCCAUCAACCAUAUAAACCCGAAGUAAAGUACGUUGGUAAUAUCCACGGAAAUGAAGUCCUCGGCAGGGAGCUACUCCUCGGCUUGGCAGACUAUUUAUGUGAUCGAUACAACCAGUUCGACAAGCGCAUCCGGGCCCUGAUACAUACCACUCGCAUACAUCUAUUGCCAUCUAUGAACCCUGAUGGAUGGCAGGCCGCAUAUGACGUGGGUGGUCGAGAUUACCUGAUUGGCCGUGCCAACAAUCAUUCAGUGGAUCUGAACAGAAAUUUCCCCGAUCUGGAUGCAAUAACAUUCGAGUUGGAGCGACAAGGCAUUAGCCACAACAACCAUCUAUUGCAGGACUUAAGUCGUCUCACAGCACCGGAUUGUCAGAAAACGUUGGAGCCCGAGACUCGAGCGGUAAUGAGAUGGAUCAUGUCCAUACCAUUUGUAUUAAGUGCUGCUUUGCACGGAGGAGAUUUAGUUGCCAACUACCCCUACGAUGAAAGCAGGAGUGGAGCCCCAACGUCUGAAUACUCUGCUAGUCCUGACGAUGAAACCUUCAGGGAAUUGGCACUGACGUAUGCAAUGGCUCACGAGGACAUGGCGUCGACAAAAAGGAAAGGGUGCGACAUAGAUGGCGAUACCGAUUCCGAUAGUUACAACUUUGGAAAGCAGGGUGGUGUGACCAACGGCGCCGCAUGGUAUAGCUUGAAAGGAGGCAUGCAAGAUUUCAACUACUUAGCUACAAAUGCGUUUGAGAUUACUCUUGAAUUAGGAUGCCUUAAGUUUCCUCCAGCUAGUUCUCUAAGCAGAGAAUGGGAGCGAAACAAGGAAGCCUUAUUGGCUUACAUGUUUAAGGCUCAUAUUGGAGUGAAAGGCAUCGUCAGCGACGAUUCCGGGUUUAUACAGAAUGCUAUCAUAUCUGUCGUAAAUAUCACUGGAUCGAUACCGAGGCCUAUACGUCACGAUAUCACCACAGGCCCAUUCGGCGAUUACUACCGAUUGCUGACCCCGGGACACUACGAGGUGACAGCCAGCUUCCCCGGUUACUUUCCCAUCUCUCGAGUAAUCACCGUUCCUCCAUAUCAGAUGUCUGCACUCAUAGUUGAUUUUAAACUCGAGUUUUAUCCAACAACAUCCUGGUUCGACGAUGAGACGUUGUUCGGCGUGUACCCCAACGGGUUACGCGACGGGCAGCCUCGUAUUUACAAACGAUCUCUCUACGAGAAGGUGACCAAAACACUUUUGAACCACAAGAACAAUGCCUACGAAAAACAUUCAACAGCAAAUUAAAUUUUGGGAAUUUUAUCAGUAUAUACACUGUAAGACAACAUCAGUCCAAAUGUUCACUCGGUUAUAUACAUCAACAAUAUACAAUAUACUCUAAAUGUAAGCAUAUUUCCAUUAUAUGUUGAUUGCUUUUUAUCAAAACGCAAGUCAAUUAUUAAAGAUUUUCUCUUCCGUAUUGUCAAGAUGUUGUCGACAGUGUGCAUAUUUGAUUUUGUCACCGGCAUCCUAAAGUAAGAACUAAAAAUGAAUUGAAUUUAUUAGCGGUCUACACAGAAUAAUCAAGCAACAUUUUUUAAACUUUGCAUUUCCGGAAUUAUUUGUAAUAGGGGUUAA